GAUGGAGGACAUAACAUGAGUGCAAUUGGCCUCAUUCUAUGAUCAUUUAAUGAACGAGUUCUGAUGCUGUCACUGCGGACAGUGACCCCAAAAAGGAACGCCCACCCGCACCCACUAUGACUAUACGGUUGCUGCCAGCGAUUGUGUUGAAACGCAAGAAGAUAUUAUGGGAUGGUGGAGCCCCAUCCCUGGACCCCAAAGGUCGGCGUCACUCUCUAUGCUUCUAUUUAUACCACAUGUCUGGAAUAACACAGAAGAGAGAGUGAGUGAGAAAAGUCACAUGACCUCCAGCUCAUUCCAGAGCUUAGGAUAGGCACGCUCUCAUUUAUUAUUACACUGCCGCUGCAUAGCAGACCAUCCAGAAGCUGGGAAAAGCUCGAGAAGGACGGAAUCCCUCGACAUGCCAGAGAAAACUGUGAUUCAGCAGCAGGCUGUCCAAAGCCCGCCGAAAACGGGUCGAGGCCCCGUCAGCUGCCAGAACUGUGGAAAGCCUUGCAAAGGCGAGGCCCUAAGAGUCCAAAAUAAACACUUCCACAUCAAGUGCUUUGUUUGUAAAGUAUGCGGAUGCGAACUGGCCAACGGAGGCUUCUUCCUGCGACAGGGGGAGUACAUGUGCACUCAGGACUACCAGCGUCUGUACGGGACUCGUUGCUUCAGUUGCCAGGACUUCAUCGAAGGAGAGGUGGUUUCCGCUUUGGGGAAGACCUACCACCCCCACUGCUUUGUCUGCGCUUCCUGCAAGCAGCCAUUUCCGGCUGGUGAACGAGUGACUUUUAACGGGAAGGAUUGUAUCUGCCAAAGCUGUACUCAGCCUCUUCCUCCGAACAGCCCUGCACCCAUCCAGGCCGUCCACAACUGCUGCGGCUGCGGGAAGGAGUUUAAGAACGAACAGUCCCUCGUAGCCCUGGACAAGCACUGGCACCUGGGCUGCUUCAAGUGUAAAGUGUGCAACAAGGUCCUAAACGCCGAGUACAUUAGCAAGGACGGGAUUCCCUUUUGCGAGAUGGACUACCACGCCAUGUUUGGCAUCCAGUGCGAGAGCUGUAAGAAGUACAUCACUGGAAAAGUCCUGGAGGCUGGAGAGAAGCACUAUCAUCCGUCAUGUGCUCGCUGUGCCCGUUGCGAGCAGAUGUUUGCAGAAGGAGAGGAGAUGUAUCUCCAAGGAUCUUCAAUCUGGCAUCCCCCUUGCAGACAAGCUGCCAAGCAGGAAGAGAAGAGUAAGGUGACCCGGACUUCGUCUGAAAGCAUCACAUCCGUCCCGGCGUCCAGUGCCUCAGGCUCUCCCAACAGAGUCAUUUUCGCGAAGCUGGGAGAAGAGACGCUGGACUACAAGGACUUGGCAGCCCUUCCGAAAACCAAGGCCAUCUACAACAUUGACCGACCGGAUAUGCUGUCGUACUCGCCCUACGUCAGCUACCCGUCUGAAGAGAGGCACUACGGCGAGGGCGAAGGGGAGAAGUCACCCUGUCAGCACAGGCCCUCCAGCCCCAGUUCCAAUAGCUCCAUGGGGGGCUACGGACGUUACACUCCGUCCCGAUCCCCUCAGAACAACAGCCGACCAGGACCAGAAGUGGAGUGCCCGGCUACACUGGGCCCACUCUCGGGUGGUGUCAAGUUCACCUCCAGCUUGGCCAGGGCAGUGUCCCCUUCCGUCCCCGUGCAGCAUUCCCAGGGCACCGAAGGUUGUAGCAGUCCCGGUAGCGCCACACCGUGGGGUAUGGGUAGAGGUGUGUCGUUACACCUGAACCCCACCACGUUGUCCAUGCUGCAGCAGCACAACUUCAUCCCUUACUUCCGAGGUAGCGAAAGUGGUCGGAGUACUCCCAGUUUAUCCACCUAUUCUGAUGGCAAAUCCCCGUCGUCCACUUCCACGUACAUGGCUGCCCCUCGCCAUUUCCACAUACCAGAGACUGAAGUCAAAGAUAAUAUCUAUAGAAAACCCCCCAUCUACAAACAGCAUGUUUCCAGGACUUCCUGGCAGGACGGCGACGACAGCAAGCGGCCCAGUUGGAUGAUAUCAAAGAGCGACAUUGAUAGCCAGACGGGUCCUGAAGACCACCACCCGUCGUCCAAGUCCACCUGCAGUUUGCCACUGAAUACAUGUCAGCCAAAUUUUCCUCAUUAUAAAUCUGCAUCUUUACCGGGUUAUGGAAGAAACGGCAUUUACAAGGCUGCUGAGAUGGUCGAGGAUGAAGCCGAUCCAGAUUCUCAAAGUUGGGGAGGCAUGAGAGAGUAUAAGGUAAGAGUUCCAGUUUUCUAUGUCGCCGGUUGCCCGACUGUCCAUGCAUAUUUUCGCCGAUUCCCGCAGGUGUACCCUUACGAAAUGUUGGCGGUCACCAAUCGGGUUAAAGUCAAGCUUCCCAGAGACAUUGAUCGCACCCGACUGGAGCGCCACCUCUCACCCGAAGAUUUCCAGAGGGUGUUCGGAAUGACUCUGGAUAUAUUUGAACGUCUGGCCCUGUGGAAGAGGAACGACUUGAAGAAGAGGGCUCGCCUGUUUUAGGCAGCCCGCCAACGCUUUACGCGUGCAAUCCGACGGGAACGCGGUCGUGUUUGCAUGCCUCCGUGCUUGUAGCGCCACCCCCUGUCAAACGGCCGCCACGACUUCUGCUCGUAGCCCCUUUUCGUCCCGCCGCGUUCUCAAGAUGGUUUAGCCGGGAAAUUCAAGAUUGCCAUUUUCGAACAUCCAAAUUUGCAUUCAUUUCUCGUUAUAUUGUGGCGUCUAACUUGUACAUUUAAAUAUAUAACACCGUAUUUUUUUGGUCUUGUUCUAUCAGUUCUUGUAUUGAUUGUCAAAGUUUCGGUUCGUUUUUGGCGUCUCGCUGAGUUGCGGCGAAAUAUUUGCGAGAACAUCCGAAAUCACGUUUUCGUUUUUGAAUUUUUCCACCUCAGUGUUUUCUACUUUGGACGUGUUCGAAGAUUUGUCAGCCUGCUUCAUCUGUUGCUCGAAGGCGUACUGCAAAGGUAAAACCCAUGACAAUACUGCAAGAUGUACUACUGAAUACUUAUAUAACUGUAAAGGAUAUAUUUCUGUAUACAAGCCAUUGCAUGAGAAUUAUUUUCGGUUGAAAUGCUUGCAAUAAGUUAUUUAAUUGUAAUAUGAAGGAAGGGAUUUUUUUUGGGAAGUUAUAAGCGUACAUAUCGGUUUUAUGUUCCGCCUUUUAAGAAAAACACUAACUGUUUCUAUUGUUCGUCUGCCAUUAAAGUGCUUUACCCAAC